AUAGCAUUAAAGUCAUUGGUUUCUGUCAAAAGUCUCUGUUAUUUGUUCUUUUUUUCGCUUCUACUUUUGCCACACGUGUUUACAAAAUUUGUGCACUGCGUAUUUUGUAUAUUCAACCAGUAAAUACUUUUUAUUUAAUACAUUAAAAUGUCGGACAAAUAUGCAGUGCCUAAUAAGCUGCCAGGCAAAACUGUGUCUAUAUUGGCGCAGCGUAAACGCCGCAUACUCCAAGACAAAGCUACCUUGGAACAGAAGAAAGCUUUGAAAACUAAGAGAGUUGCAGGAGCGAAAAGACAUCACAAAUUCCGACGCCCAGAAUCGUUUGUGAUGAAUUUUAUUAAAGCAGAGCGUACAGCAAAACGUAUCAAGCAAACAAUACGCCGAGGCAACAUAGUGGAUUUCAAAGAACCACAGAAGACAAAUGAAAAAUUGCUGUUGGUUAUGAGACACGCUGGCAAAAAGGUUUUCGAUGACACCACAAAUAAAAUUUUAAAUACAUUGCAACUGUCUACACGUCACUAUGCUGUAUUUCUGCGGAAUGAUAAGGAAACCCAAGUGUUGCUUAAAGUUAUAGAACCUUUCGUAGUCUAUGGUUAUCCAUCACUAAACACAAUACGUGAAUUGCUAUUUAAAAGAGGUUUUGCGCGUAUCGAUGGCAAAAAGACACCUAUACAAUCUAACGCUCUGAUAGAGCAACAUCUUGGCGACAAAGGCAUAAUUUGUUUGGAAGAUAUCAUACACGAAAUUUACACAGUAGGCCCCAACUUCGAUGCUGUAAAAGCCUUUCUGAACAGUUUUUUGCUUUCUAGUCCACGCGAUGGUUGGAAAAACAAAGUUUCCGUGUCAUUUAAACGAGGCGGCGAGUAUGGCGAUCGAGGUGAAGCGAUAAAUGAACUAAUAAUGCGUUGCCUGUAAAUGGCUUAUUAUAGUUAAGUAGUUGCAUAAAAAUGUUUAUUUUACUAUUGAAAAAUAAAAUUUUAGCUUAAGAUGAGUGAAUAACAAAAAAUUGUGUAUUUAUUAUUU